GGGCCCCGACUACUAGGUCACUGCUCAGCGGCGGCUCCAGGACAAGGGAGCAGAGUAGAGACGAGCGGACGGAAUUGCGGGCCUUCGCCGCUAGGGUGUGGAGGGAGGAGCGUGCUUGACUCGGAGAGGCGCGGCCCUGCCUGUAGCGCGUGAGGAGCCCGGCAUAAGCUUAAGUCAUCUCAGAAGGACAAGGUUCGCCAGUUCAUGGCAUGCACUCAGGCUGGUGAGAAAACUGCUAUCUACUGCCUAACACAGAGUGAGUGGAAACUAGAUGAGGCCACCGACAGUUUCUUCCAAAACCCAGAGGCAUUCUACCCGGAAUCCAUGAAGAGCACUGUGGACCAGAAGAAGCUGGAGCAGCUGUAUGGCAGGUACAAAGACUUGCAGGAUGAAAACAAAAUUGGGAUUGAUGGGAUUCAGCAGUUUUGUGACGAUUUGAACCUGGACCCUGCCAGUAUUAGUGUUUUGGUCAUAGCAUGGAAGUUCAGGGCUGCCACUCAAUGUGAAUUUAGCAAAAAGGAGUUUGUGGAUGGCAUGACAGAGCUGGGGUGUGAUAGCACAGAAAAACUGAAAGCUCUUCUUCCCAAAUUGGAGCAAGAGCUUAAGGACUCAGUGAAGUUUAAAGACUUUUAUCAGUUUACCUUUACCUUCGCUAAGAACCCUGGGCAAAAGGGUUUAGAUUUAGAAAUGGCUGUUGCAUAUUGGAAACUAGUAUUGUCUGGAAGGUUUAAAUUUUUAGAUCUUUGGAACACAUUUCUGCUGGAGCAUCACAAAAGAUCAAUUCCAAGGGAUACUUGGAACCUUCUGCUAGAUUUUGGAAACAUGAUUGCAGAUGAUUUGUCUAACUACGAUGAAGAAGGAGCAUGGCCCGUACUUAUAGAUGAUUUUGUUGAAUAUGCACGACCAGUAGUCACAGGUGGGAAGCGUGGCCCUUUCUAGAUGGAAAAGUCGGAUGGAUGGAGAGUAACAUGUUUUACAUCCUGCAAGGAGACAGCUGUGUGCAUUUGUUGCUGACAGAAGUUCUCCUUGUCCAUUUAUGAAAUGAGAAUCCUUACUGUGCUUAAAGGCUGCAGUGGCUGGUGUGUGGACACUUGAGAAGCUCCUCAGAGGAGAGUUGCCUCAGGGUGUUAGGGAUGCAUCGUCAAAGCUAUUGCUUUAGGAGACUCCUGCAUGACUUACCUUUACAGAAAGCAACAUAGAGCCUGUUUGCAAGGCUGCAAAGCAUGCUGUUCAGUUCAUGGUUUUAAGGUGAGCACCAGCAGUUACCAAAACUGCCGAAUCAUAUUGUAAUUAUACUUCAGAAACAGUGUCUGUGUCUUCAGGAGGAUAUUUUAUUUUUAUACAAGUCAAAUUGUUAAAAAUGUGCCCUAAUGAAGAUGGCCUUGUCAGAGAGCCCAGUGUUUUUUAAUCUUGGUGCCAGGUGUUCAAGAUGACUAGUUUUUGAAUUAUCAGAUCUCUAGAUUUGCUAGCUGUUUUGUUUCGUUCUCUCUAGAUGUUUGAAGACAUCGUUACAGUUUGCACAGCGAUGGUAUAUGUAGGAUGCUAUUCCAGCAGUUCUAUCUCAAACUGUUUACAAACUGGUGGGCCUGUUUUUUACUUCUAAUAAGGUUAUUAUUAGGCCUGGAUGCUGCCUACUAAAAAGUUUAUUAUUUUUUUAAGAUAUUUUAUUAUAUUUAAAUGGAAAUUUUUCCAUGAAAAAUAAUUUCUUUUUGAGUAAUGAAUUAGACUUACAAAUCAAAUGCACUGAUUCUCCUUACCUAUCUAUAAUAUCAUCAGUGUCCAGCCCUUGGAUAGCCAUAUGCAUUUAGAAGAAAAACCAUUUAUCAUUGUCCAAAAAUAAUCCACAUACAAAGCCUCCAUCUCAUUUGUAAGCCACAUUCUGUCUGCAUCCUGUCACUGCACCAUGUCACUAUGUUGUGUUACCACCCGCUUUUCCGAUGUUUGCCUGGUCAAGAUCUGCUCAUGUCCACAGGCAUGGAAGGCCUGGAUACUGCCUGCUCAUCUGGUGUCAAGCUUUGAACAUCACUGUGCUGACCCUACCUCACAUUUGCCAAGACUUGGCAUCACAAGUGUGCCUUGCUGCCUUGCCCGGCCAUGGCGCAGAUAUGCUGGACCCACUUCAGGACAGUGGUGUGUUCAAUACCUAUAUAUAGAAAGCAUAUUCCAAAUGUGCUGUUCAGGCAGCUUCUGAUAUGGGGCAUUCUCCUGAUUUAGGAAACAGCUGUGAGGCAUGUGUGCCCUGCAACAAGAUGGACUCUACAUGUUGAACAGGAAUCUCACAGAGGUGGAGGAGGAUUAGAACAGGAGACCAGAUUCCACAGGGCUAACCCCUCACUGUGUGAGAACAUCACUAGUAAUCCAUAAGGGCAAGCCAUGCAACCUUUCUCUGUUUCAGGUCUGUAAAAGGGAAAACUGGGACAUCUCCUUUGAGCUCUGAUUCAGAGUGUUAUUUAAUAUAACGAAGACUGGCUUUAAUAAAAACCUAGAAAGCAAAGUGUUCUUACAACCUUUGUGGAUCCUUGAUAUGUAGUUAACUUCUGUUCAGAGAAGUUUAUAGAAUUCAGAUGAUUAUAAAUUAUAGAUACAUUCUUAUUUUUAAGAUAUAAAAUUCUACAGAGAGCCAGCAAGAUGGCUCAGCAGGUUAAGGCACUUGCCACCAAGCCUGAAAACAUGAGUUCCAUCCCUAAGACCCACACAGUGGAAGGAGAGAACUGACUCCCUUGAGUUGUCCUCUGACCUCCACAUGUGCAUCAUGGCAUGCGUAGACCCAUACACAUACAUACAUAAAGAAAUAAAUGUAAUUUUAAAAAUUUAAAAUUCUAUGGGAUUGUCAAUAGGUUGUGAAAUACUAAUAAUUGGAUAAAGGCUUUUCAAAGAAUUGUGCUUUCUGUUUCUUCUGUUAUUUACACUUGGGUUGUGCAUGCUACAAAACUGCUGGAAACUUCAGAAACCAUAAAUAAAGUAUUUUUCCUGGUG